UUUACUUUUCCUCUCGUCCGAUUUUUUCUUUUUUUUUAUGCGCCAUCCAUUAUCUGUUUUGUCCGUCAUUCAUUCUCUAUCCUUACGAUAUCUUAUUUCCUAUUUUGGCGACAUCUUAUUUCUGAAACUGCGUCAUCUAUCAGUGGAGAAACUGUAGAGGCAUUUUUGUGACACACGAUAUUUUGGUUUAUACAACUUUAUUCAAUAAUAAAUGAGUUUUUGCUACUUUUUCUAUAUGUCAAUGAGCAAUCAUGAUCUUCGUGGCAAAAGAGACAUUCUACAGUCAUUAGAUUAUCUGCUUUAUUGUUAUAUAGCUUAUCUCUAUUUUCUGGAUGCUUCAUUUAUACUAUUACUUUUUCGACUCUUUUUACAAGUGCAAUUACUUUCUUCUGGUGUAUUCCAUAAACUUUUACAUGUACCACUGAUAAUAACAGUAGUUGUCUAUAUACUUAGCACCUGUUUUCAUCUCUUCUCCACUCUUGGUCAAACUGGUAUUAUUAUUGACUUUGUUGGGAACCAUUACCUUCCUAAUGUAACAAGACUCUGUUUACUAGAUAUCCUUAUUUUUACCUGUCAAGUAAUUCGUUUAUAUGUUGCAAAUGAUCUUGCUUCACAUACUCUGUAUCAUGGUAUUGGAAGUUUAUAUGUUAAUGAUGGUCAUGAUCAACAUCAACAAAAUCGAUUCAUCGUAACAUCAAAUAUUGCAUCACCACCACCACUACGGUCAUCAGCAUCAUCGACAGAAACAACUAUUUCUUCAAACAUAGGAGGAUAUAAUAGAAGUAAUAACUCUAGACAAAAUAGUCAAGAUCAUCGAGAAGAAAUUGAAAGACAUGAUGAUACCAUUCCUACGACACAAUUGGAUGACACAUUUUACCAUGAUGAUAUUGUGAUGGGAAUAUCAUUCUCAAAUCUGUCUCAAAUCAUCAACUCUCGACGCCGUCAAUACGUUCAGGAUGAUGAAGAUAGUACUCUGGUUUUACCUACUUGACAUUUCUUCAUACUGUCAUUCCAUUAUACCCAUAAUCUAAUCUGUUUUUAUGAGAUAUUCAAAUAAAUCGAUUACUUAUCUUUUUCUUUUCUUUGUGCUAUUAUACAAUAAAAAAAGAGUUCUAUUG